UUUUUAUAUGAUGCAUGUCUGAUAUAAACCAAGAAACCUAGCGUACGUGUUAACCAAAAGCUUUCAAGAAAUGGCCACAGCUGUUAGUGCGACUUCUUCAGCCUACGACAGGAUGAAGGAGGUGAAAGAGUUCGACGAGUCAAAGAUCGGAGUUAAAGGCCUCUCCGACUCCGGCAUCACUUCCAUCCCCCAAUUCUUUGUCCACGACCCCCAAACCCUCUCCGACCUCAAACCCUCGUCCAAACGCACCGUCCCCGCCCCGCUCCCCACCAUCGACCUUUCUCACAUCAACUCGGUUAAUCUCCGCCCCGAAAUCGUUGAACAGAUCAAAGACGCCGCCAGGACAUGGGGAUUCUUCCAAGUGAUCAACCACGGCAUACCCUUCUCCGUAGUAGAUCAGACGGUGAACGCCGUCAAAGCAUUUCACGAGCAGCCCCACGAGGUGAAGGCCAAGUUCUACAAGCGAGAAGAGGGGAAGGGCUUCAUGUACGCCAGCAACAAUGACUUGUACCGCACAAAGGCGGCCAGCUGGCACGACUCUUUUAACCUGUGGACGGGCCCGGAGCCACCGGAGGUGGAGGAGCUUCCGGAGGUAUGUAGAAAUGAGGUGGUUGCAUGGGAUUUCCAUGCAACCAAGGUGGCCGAGAGUGUGAUGGAGUUGCUUUCCGAAGGGUUAGGGUUAGAAGCUGGCAAGUUCAAGGAGCUUACGUUUUUGGAGAAGAGGGCGCUUGUGGGACACUGCUAUCCCUACUGUCCUCAGCCCGAUCGGACGGUGGGGAUUACGUCUCAUACAGAUCCUGGGAUAGUGACAGUUCUGUUGCAAAACCAUGUGCCUGGGUUGCAAGUUAGGCAUGAGGAUGAGUGGGUGGACGUCAAGGCUGUUCCUGGAGGUCUGAUUAUUAACGUUGGAGACAUGCUUCAGAUAAUCACUAAUGGGGAGUAUAAAAGUGUGCAACAUCGUGUGUUGGCAAACUCCUGGAAGGAAGCUCGAAUUUCAAUUGUGCUAUUUUACAACCUAGCCAAAUGGAGUGAAGAUGGAUACUGUGGACCUCUCCCAGAACUUUUGUCACCCGAGAAGCCACCAAUCUAUCGAAACUUCACGGAGAGAGAAUUUGUGGAAAAUUUUUAUAGCAAAGGAAUAGAUAGCAAGUCUCUGAUCGACAAAAUCACAAUACAUAACUAAAAUAUUUCUAUAUCUUAGUUUCUCAUAACAUAUGGGAUAAUAUGUUUGCAGGUACUAUGUUAUAUGAGUGUUUAUUUUAAAUAAUUUGUUUUCCAUGUACAAUAUUUUGGGUGUUUACUCAAUUUAAUUUUUUUGGUAGAAGUGUUUACUGAAUUGUUGGGUAUCAUUUAUAUUUAAUAGCUCAAAAAUAGCACCAAGUAGAUCUAGCUUUUGUAAUUAUAUAUAGCAUGCCACUAGGUAGUGUGCA